AUGCGAAUGUCUCUUCAAGAGGAGAGCAACUUGUGCUGCCUAAGAAAAGGAGCUUGUAUUGUUUCAUCAUCAUCUGAGCAGGAAGAUUAUCCUUGCAAUAGCAUACUCUCGGAGGAAGAGGAUGAUAUUUGGAUUAGUGAGGUUGGACUACCUCAAGAAUGUAUUAUUCAAUUACCUCCUCAUGCUUAUUCGGUUGGAUGUGUCGGAUGGUUCUGCAAAAAGAGAUAUGUGUUCAAUCCGAAAAAGAUUAAAAUGUUUAUUUCAAGGGAAAGAGAUGGGCCAUUCAUCCAUUGGUCUAGCCUCAGAGCUGAGGAGAACGUUUCUUAUCACUUGUUUGAGAUUCAGUCCAUUCCUUCCGAUUUCUGCUAUUUCAAAUUUUCAGUAACGGACACGUUUGGAGGAAAUCGAGUUUAUCUUAAUAAGGUAUUCGUGAUGAAGGAACUGCCUUCAGUUUUACCACCCAAUUCAGAGGCAAAAACCUCAGCAGAGACCUUGAAAGAGUCCCUCACUCUCUCUCCUAACCCCAUUUUGGACACAUCACCCACAAAGAUCACGGAAUUUAGCAGCAAGUUUGACGACUUGAUGUUUGAUGCUAGCGAAUCCCAUCUCCUGAAUGUGGACAACUACUUGGUGAAUGGCACCAUGAUGCUAAAUUGCACAAACGUUUCAUUGAAAGAGUUAUCAGCCUCUCCUCUCAUCUCAAUUCCAACGUUUAAACAAAAAUCUAACAGUACCAGAAAUCCGUUAACUGUCUCCAUGCCUACGUUCAAAUCUUCUGAAAAGGAACAGUUGCCUUCAAACACAAACCUUCCUCUUUCCUCACCUAAGAAAAUAUCUCCUUCCAAAGACAUCAAGACGACAAAACAUUCCCCAACACUGGAAAUUCCUUUAAAGGAUAUCACAAAUACCAAUUUGAAAGUUGUGGAGCCAAAAACUGUUUCCCUUAAAUCCUCAUCAAAAAAAGACCACAACCCAGGGAAGGAAAAUUUGAUUCUAGAAGAAAGGAGAAUGAAAGUCAAGUCAAGAGAAACCAAUUUAGCCAAAACAAAAAAGAAUCUCGAAGAACUCUCAGAAAAAAUUGGCGAAAUCAACAAAAGAAAAACUCAACAACCGUUGUCCACAAAAGAUCAAGUAACAGAUAUUUCACAAAGGUUGGAAGAGGUGCAGAAAGAAGUGGAGGAAUUAAAAAAGCGUAUGCAAUCUGUUGAGGAAAAUGUUGACACAUUAGUGAAAAAAGAAAUUGAAGAGUUCAAGUCAAAGUUCUACGAAAAAAUGGGAAACAAAUUCAAGAAUUCUCUGGCUAAAAUAGAACAACGUAUCGCAAGAGAAACGUACAAAGUGAUGGAUGAAAGAAUAAGAAUCUUGACACACCAAUCUGAGUGUAAAAUGUUUGACCAUGUACGGUCACAAAUUAAUCAACUCAAAACAGAGGCAAGCAAAACUCGAAUUAGUUCCACAACUACAAGUGCAACUGCUUCCAACAUUAUGACAAAUACUCCAACAUUGACAAUUAAUGAUGACACUUCAUUGAAUUUAUCAACAAGUGAGCAGGUUGCAUUGCUAAAACAGCGCAUGCAACAAUUACAGUAA